AUGCCACGAACUCGAAUCAACUUCGUACUCCACCUUGAUUUUCAUCUACACCGAUUACACCCUCAAAGAUUCUCUCCAUAUCAACCCACUAUCUGUCUCAUACUACUUAGUAUGCUACCAUACUGGAUUCUGGAACGCUCAAGUGGUGUUUUCAACUACACAAUCACCAAUUCAUCAGUCAAACCAAUCAAAUCAGAUGAAGGUGAUUUAGAGUUACUUGCAAAGAAAAGGCAAAAUUCUGAUGCUCAAGCUGCUUUUUGUUUAUGUCGUCAAACUUACAUUAAAAACACUGUCACCGAAUUACAACAUGAAGUAAAGGAAAUGUUUAUGCAUCAAGAAACUCAUUCAUUAUCAAUCUUAAAUCAAUCAGAUCCGAACCAACCAACAACAAGUUCAACAAACAAUCCAGUAAGUACUACUACCAACACAGCUACCACCACAAACUCUGGUAAUCCCAAUAACACUAAUACCACUUCAACAAUAGCAAAUCAUUCGAUCUUGAAAUUUGCACCUCCUACUCCAAAUACAUCAGAACCCGAAUCAAAUGAAUGGGUUUUUUGCUUUAUCGUUCCACUGAUAAGGUGUUGGGGAUUUGUCCUUCCAAAACCGCCGACAUCUCUUUUUUUAUCCGGUUUUAAAAAAAUAUUUGAAGAAUUCUCGUUUUCAUCUUCUCCUAUAUCGCCAUCUACUGAAUCAUGGUUCACCCCUUGA